AUGCGAUCUUCUACUUGGAUUGCGUUUGUGCUCAAUACUGCAGUCAUCAUCAUCGACGUGCUGGUUAUCUACUGUGCUUUCAAAACUGGUGAAACUCAGCGACAUUUCGUUCUACAGACGAUUUUUCUCGCAAUGGUAAUGGAUAUUGCUGCUUACCUUACUCUACUGGGCCACGAUUUGCCAAGUUUCAUCAUGAGUACAGACGUAUCGCCUCACCCGUUCGUGACGUACCUCAUGGUGGUGAUCAUGUUUGUCGAGUGGUUCACUCAACUUUUUGUACUGCUUAUCCUUUCGGUCAUUCAUGCUCUUGCUGUCUUCACUCCAUUUCAAUUCCGUACCUUCUCUUCUGGGAAGAUGAGAAUUGUCAACGCAGUCAUGAUGGUCGUUGCUCUUUCAUUAACAGUGCCGCUUUUUACACCCUACUGCGGUUACUACUACUAUACUGAAGGUCAUUUCUGGGCUUGGGACUCAGAAAAACCAUAUCAUUACAUAUACUCAAUAUGUAAUCUGGUUUUACAGGUUUGUGGAAGUUUUUGA